AUGGCCGACCCGCAGCCGCGACACCAGGCCGACCAGCUGCUGAAGCUCCAGCGAGAAGGCCCCCCCAACGGGGGAGAAGUCCCCGGAGACGGCCUGCAGGCCAGAGGCCAGUGGGCCAGCAAGGCGGAGUUCCUCCUGGCCGUGGCUGGGCAGAUCAUCGGGUUGGGGAACGUCUGGAGGUUUCCAUACCUCUGCUACAAAAACGGAGGAGGUGUGUUUUUUGUGCCGUACUUGUUGUUCCUGGUUCUGUGUGGCAUCCCCCUGUUCCUCCUGGAGACCUCUCUGGGACAGUUCACCAGCCUGGGAGGGGUCAGCGCCUGGAGGACUGUUUGUCCGUUAUUUGGAGGCCUCGGCUACGCCAGCCAGGUGAUGAUCCUCCAUGGCUGCGUGUAUUAUAUAGUCAUCCUGGCGUGGGCGCUCUUCUACCUGAGCUACAGCUUCCAGACGGAGCUGCCGUGGUCGCACUGCAACAACACGUGGAACACGAAUGCGUGCGUUCUGUUCAGCCACCGCAACCAGACGUCCAACGUGAGCAGUCUGCCCGAGAACGCCACCUCUCCUGUCAUGGAGUUUUGGGAGCGGGAGGUGCUGAAGCUGUCGGACUCUUUGGACGAGCUGGGUCCGGUCAGCUGGAAGCUGGCUCUGUGUUUGGCCGCCGUCUGGCUCAUCUGCUACUUCUGUGUCUGGAAGGGAGUGAAGUCCACUGGAAAGGUGGUUUACCUGACCGCCACCUUCCCGUACGUCAUGCUGUUCGUGCUACUGGUGCGAGGGGCCACGCUGCCUGGAGCUACGCAGGGCAUCAUCUACUACCUCAAACCAAACCACACCCGCCUGGCUGACCCACAGGUAUGGAUGGAUGCAGGCACCCAGAUAUUUUUCUCUUAUGGGAUCUGCUUGGGGAGCCUCACAGCCCUGGGCAGUUACAACAAAUACAACAAUGACUGCUAUAAAGACUCGUUCCUGCUGUGCCUCCUGAACAGCAGCACCAGCUUCCUGGCGGGCUUCGCCAUCUUCUCGGUGCUGGGCUUCAUGGCCGAAGAGCAGGGCGUGGAUAUAUCCACUGUGGCCCAAUCAGGGCCCGGCCUCGCCUUCAUCGCCUACCCGAGAGCCGUAGCCAUGAUGCCUUUUCCUCAGCUCUGGGCGGUCUGCUUCUUCCUCAUGAUCAUCAUGCUGGGUCUGGACACGCAGUUUGUGAGCCUGGAGGCGCUGAUGACAUCGGUGACUGACCUGUACCCCCACCUGAUCCGACGAGGCCGCCGCAGAGAGCUGCUGCUGCUGUUCGUGUGCGUCGUCUGCUUCCUGAUUGGACUCGUCAUGGUCACACCGGGUGGUCUGUACGUCUUCCAGAUCUAUGACCACUUCUCCUGCAGCGGAGCCAGCCUGCUGCUCCUCUCCAUCUUCCAGUCGUUGGCCAUCGGCUGGGUCUACGGAGCCGACCGCUUCAGCGCCGACAUCAGAGACAUGACCGGCUACGACCCGCUGCCCGUCUUCAGGCUGUGCUGGAGGUAUUUCACUCCGGCUGUGUGCACUGCCACGUUUAUAUUUUCCCUGGUGCGCUGGUCUCCGUUGAGUCUGGGGAAGGGGCUCGUAGCUCCCGUCUGGGCCACCACGCUGGGCUGGCUCCUCACCCUCUCCUCCGUGUCCCUGCUUCCCAUCUGGGCCGUCUACGCCCUCGUCACCACUCCAGGAACCGUGCCGCAGCGCUUCCAGCACCUCUGCAGUCCCGCCAAAAUCAAGUCCUCCCUGGCGCUCCAUCAAAUCUCCAGCAACGGGUUGAUGCGGGCCUACGCCCACGUGCCGCCUCUCACCGAGAAACCCACGGAGCAAAUCGUGGAGCUCAUCUAG